AGUACCAUCAGAUCCCACAGCACACACAAGAGAGCACCUCAUCAGUUAUGGAGAAAUCACCAUUGGACCAGAAGCCUCGUGCAGUCUCAGACACCUCUAAAAAUUACAUCGACCAAGAUCAUCCUCACAUUCGGGACAGAAGUUUUACCGACAUUCAGAAAAUAAUCAAAAAAGAUGCUUCGGCGAAUACACCCCCACUGCACACAAGUGAAAUGCAGCCAAGAGCUUCCUCAUCCACACCACUCACCGAAAACAGAUAUAUGUAUGAAACUGUGCUCAGACCAGACAUGAAGGUCAAAUGUGAGCAGGACUACAAAGAAAACAGCUCUAAAAACAUGAAUGUAGAAUAUAGUCUGUGGAAUACAAAGCCAGCGACUGAUGGGCGUCCAAACAAGGAAAUGACAUGGAAGAAAAAAAAAGAUGAGACCGAUGAAAACUCAGAGAAAGUGUCCGGUAACGAAGAUUUCAGUGGACUGUCCAAAACUCACCAGACAAACUCUCAUAAAAGAAAUGAGUCUGCUUGGAGUUUUGGCUCUUUCCAAAUCGGCCCUCCAGUUGACCUUGUGGCAGAGGUGCUGUCGGGUGAAGAAUGGGCAGGGUUUUUGGAAAAUAAGCAGAAAUUUCCACCAGAUCUGAUUUCAUCCCCCACAAUAGAUUACUACGAGUCUGUUGAAUAUGUACCUGUGUUCAACCAGGAAAUAGCCCACGGUGCAGUGGAGUGCAAAUCUACAAUAAGGCAAUCCAAGUCAAUGGGUAUAUUAUUUUAA